UCUUCAUUUCUUCAUUUCUUCAUUUCUUCAUUCUCGCUUUGGCAUACCACACUCACACUCCCGCUCUCUUCUCAACCCACUGCUCUUCACUCCCGAGAGACACAGCGAGCGCGAAUUGUAACUGCACCCUUCCUCUCCCUCUACUGUCCUUUCCCUUUACUGUCCUUUUCCCUCUCAUACCCAACCACAGUCGACUUUGUUAUCUCCACCAUAUCCCACCAUUUCACUUCCUUCCUUUUUUCAGCAGACAUCAGCAUCUUCCUCCCGCUUCCUCACACACCCACCCCCUCCAACUCAACCGGACAGCCCCGACCGCUUGACACGAUACAUCACACUGCUGCACCACUAUCGCCCUUUCACGAACCCUUCCCCUCCCACACAAAGGAUACUGACGCAUCACACAAUGACCCCCGACACAGUGCCACCGUCAUUAAUGCAGCCCAGUCUGGGUCUCGGAUCUCAAACCCCGAUGCACCUAGUCCACAUCUCGAACCUAAAACUGAAUGCCCAGAUCUUCUCUUCACGGUCCCUGUCGAUCGAGCGACGGAUUCUGAUCAAGAACUUCCUGACGGCACUCUACCAGAUGCAUCCGAUCGAAUGGAUCGAGGAGAGCCCCGUGGAUGACCAAGACGAAUGGAUGGAGCAGACACUCUCUGCGGCGGGGAUUGAGGGCCAGGCAGAGGCCUCCUCCUCUGCUCAGCUCUCGCAUUGA